AUGGCGGAUCAAUCCAUCAUCAGGAUAACCAAGGCAUGUUCGCCGCCUCAUUGCGGGGAGUUGAGCGACAUCCAGAAAAACUCAGACCUUUCUCUGGCUGUCGCAUGUCGCGAUGUCGACGUACGUAAUGUGAAGGCACUGAUUAUCGGUCCCCACGAGACGCCUUACGAGUUUGGCUUCUUCGAGACUAUCCCAGAAAGUCCCCCAGCGUCAACGCAGUUACCACGAAUGGCGGUCGGUGCCGAUUCAACCCAAACAUAUAUGCUCAGGGACGAGUUUGCCUAUCUAUUCUCGGGUACGUUUCUUCGCGCAAACCGACGGCUCGAUGUGAAUACUGAAUUCGACUGUAGAACAUGGCGCGGAGAGCGAGGCGAAGAAUGGUCUUCUGCACAAGGUCUCGAGUCUAUCCUCCUCUCGAUCCAAAGCCUAAUGUCGUCCAACCCGUACGAGAACGAGCCUGGUUUUGAGGACGCCAACGAGGCCCAAGACAAAAAGAACCAGAAGGAUUACGUUCAAAAGAUCCGUCACGAAAGCUUGCGAAUUUCCGUCAUUCAGCGACUGGAAGAAUACUUAGGCAUUGGUGCUGACGGCAACGUCUCGGCGUCUUCGACUGCUGACAAAGACGAUUAUGAAGUGGAUAUGGAUGGUCUCGAAGACGCCGGCACUGCUUUUGAACCUUUCAAGGAUCUGUGCAAACGUCGCUUCCUUUGGUAUUACGAAUCAUAUCUUGAGUCGAUUCGCAAAGCUAAGGAGGAGGUCAAAGAUGGCCAGGCAUUUGUCAGAAUGCCCUUUGAGGGCCAGGGAAAUACCAUGGAUGGCAAAUUCCACUACACCGAGCUGGAAAAGCGGUUGCGGAAUAUCAAGAAAGUUUUGGAUGAGGAGAGCAAGCAGUGGGCGGCUCAGGGUCUGUCACCCGAGUUCAAAGAUGCGACUGUCACUGUCAAUCUGCGCCGACAGUACGAACAAGUCCUCGAGCACUUCAAGCAGCACGGUCUUGCACACCAUGUGGAACUGGAAGGUGGCAAUCCUUUUGUCUGGGUUCUGACAUACAUCGGCAAGCCCAUGACUCCGUUGGAGGACGGGUUGUUCCGUAUCACGCUUCACCUGAGUCCACGAUUUCCCGAGGAGCAGCCUCGUGCCAAGUUCGAGACGAGAAUUUUCCACCACCGAAUCGCCCCAGACGGUACACCUUGUUAUUACUCUAGCCCCUCACGGCGGGAAGACAUGAAGACGCACCUCGAGGCAAUCAUCGAGAUGCUGGAGGAGGAGCAUCCCCCAUACGAUCCGCGGACUCUCGUCUACCCCGAAGCUUUCAAGCUUUACUGGGGCAGUGCUCAGGAUAAGAAGCAGUACCGGCAAAGAUUACGCCGGUCAGUCCAGGCGUCGAUGGAAGAUCUCUAG